AUGAUCACCGAUAUGUACGCGCCUUUCUCGGCGCCUACCAAUAAGCCAAUUGAACAUCCGAGCCUACGCGGCACGCCUCUGGCGAUGCUUGCGGCGCAGUGCAACAAACUGUCGAGUAAAUCGCCCCCUCCGCUGGCUGACGCGGCUGUUGGCAAAGGUUUUCAUCCAUGGAAGAAGAGUCCAGGAGCUCACUCGCCGACCGGCGGUGGCUCCGGGCCGCGCUCGCAGCCGUCCGCUUGCGCUCCGUAUGCGCGUGCACCUACAUCAUGCGCAGCAGCUCCCUCGUAUGGAAACGAUCUUUACUUCCCCUCAUCAGGCGAUCAGUUACUCGGAAAAAGUGAAUCCAGCGCCAGUCUCGGCUCGAUGUAUUCUCGGCAUCCGUACGAAUCGUGGCCUUUCAAUGUUGGCGGAGGUGGUGGCAGCGGUGCCUUGAAAGCGGCUGAAAUGAGUGGCGUCAGCGCAGUGGGCAGCACCUGGUGGGACGUACACAGCGGCUGGCUAGACGUCGGCGGACAGAUGGCCAACUACGCUGGGCAAGACUACUCGCAACUUACACAUUCCUUGUCAGGAGGAGCUCAUUUACUCCCACCGGCCCCACAUUUGCUGCAAGAUGCUUAUAAAUCAGUGCUACCGACACAAGGCUCAUUUGGGCUGCACACGCCUGGUUCGCCGGCGCCACCUGCACAGGCACCAUCACCGCGAUCACAGAGACGCUACGCGGGUCGCGCCACUUGCGACUGCCCGAACUGCCAGGAAGCGGAGAGGCUGGGCCCUGCGGGGGCACAUCUACGCAAAAAGAACAUACACAGUUGUCACAUACCCGGCUGCGGGAAAGUAUACGGAAAAACGUCCCACCUUAAAGCGCAUUUACGCUGGCACACAGGCGAGCGUCCAUUUGUUUGUAAUUGGUUGUUCUGCGGGAAGAGGUUCACGCGAUCCGACGAGCUGCAGCGACACCUCCGUACUCACACGGGCGAAAAGAGGUUCGCAUGUCCGGUGUGCAACAAAAGAUUCAUGCGGUCGGACCACCUCGCGAAGCACGUUAAGACACAUAAUGGGGGCAAGAAGGGAAGUUCAGAAUCAUGCUCGGACUCGGAGGAGAACAGCCAGGGUGAAGGCGGGACUGGAGGACGCUCGCCCGAGCAUCCUCUCGACGUGAAGCCGAGCACGCUGGUGUGA